GGGCCCUGCUCGACCUCUAGGACUUACCCAGGAGGCAACGCUUCUGUGUCAGGUCAACAUGGCGGGCCGGCCGGCUGUUUCAGCAUCAAGCAAGUGGCUGGAGGGUAUUCGAAAAUGGUAUUACAACGCUGCCGGGUUCAAUAAACUGGGCUUAAUGCGGGAUGACACAAUACAUGAGAAUGACGAUGUAAAAGAAGCCAUAAGAAGGCUUCCUGAGAACCUGUAUAAUGACAGAGUGUUUCGCAUUAAGAGAGCGCUGGACCUCAGCAUGAGGCAGCAGAUCCUGCCUAAAGAGCAGUGGACAAAAUAUGAGGAGGAUAAAUUCUACCUUGAACCGUAUCUGAAAGAGGUUAUUCGGGAAAGAAAAGAGAGAGAAGAAUGGGCAAAGAAAUAAUUUAGCUGUUCUCAAGUAUUUUUAUGAAGUUGGUUAAACCUGAAAUGUACAAUGUAGAACUAUUUGGGCUGUAAUUGUAUUACUUUAAAUAAAUAUAAUUAUUGUUGGA